CCUUCUCCCCAAACAAAAAUGAGCCGCAAGAGAGAUAAACCCUACGUCUCCCGCCAUGCCCCCUACUCUUUCCCAAAACGGCGUCGCCCUCUGCCCACUCCGCAGCCCGACUCCGCCGCUGCCGACGGCGAUCGGCCGGGGAAUUCCUCCGCCAAGUCGCUCAUGACGGUCAUCGUCAUCGGAAUCUCCCCGGACUGCUCUGUCCUAGACCUCAAAUCCCGAUUCGAGAUCUACGGCGGCAUAUCUCGCACCCGCAUGGACCCUGGUGGUGUCGCCUACAUCACCUUCCGCUCCAAAGACGCCGCCGACUCCGCCAUUGCCGCCUCCCUCGAUCCCUCCUUCGGCAUCACACUCAAUUCCCACAGAGUAAAGAAGCUUUGUUGUGAGAUAUACAACACUCUUAGACAUGCUAGAAGUCUUGAAAUAUUUUUGAUAACAUUGAAUAAGCAUAUGGUAGCAUAUCAUGUUUACUUUUGUUUAUUUUGACAAAACUUGUUCUUAUUGUUUAAGCCAUGUAAUGUGCACUUAAGUGCACCUUUUGACACUUUUUUGAUGUGUAUGUAAUGAGGUCGGAGGCCAAUAUCAUAUAUCAUGUAUGUUAUGCACUUUUACUUACAAACUUCAUUAUGGAAAUAUUAAAAAUU